GUCGCUCUCGGUGAUCGGUUCGGUUAUUAUCAUCCAGUCGUGCGACGACGAACUUCGGAUCUCCGGAACAACCGUAGAUACGCAUAACCAUUGAGUUAUUAAACUUCGGAUAAAUCAUCGAGUCAUCGUCGCGCGGUGUUAAUUACGCUCGUUAAAAAUCCGGGUUGAAAAUUAAAUUCUAGUUGAACGAACUCCGCGGGUUUAUCAGGUGUUGUGUAGUUCUGUUUACGCGUCUUCGAAAGAACUGCGCAGUACUUAUAAUAUCAGCGGCUUGCCCCAGAAUCGGAAUAUUUAACGUGGGGUACGCGCGUACCUGUAUCUUCCGUUAUAUCUAUACGUACCUUUGCAUAUACCACCUGUACACGGAUGUUCUAAUUAUUUGACUGGCUAAUUAGAACGUUAAACUCAUUAAAACAUUAUCUACUUCGUACGCAGUUUUGUCUGGUUUUUUUUUUUUUUUUUUCUUUGAUACAUGCACACGUGUAUAUUCAUGCGAAACUUUGCAAGCUCUCUUGAGGUACGAGUACGUAACGAUCAGUUUUUCAACCUACGCUGCUUUUCUCGGAUACGUGUUUGACGAAAAUUCAUCUCAUGCAAUUCGAUAAUGCGGUGAUUUUAUUGAAUUUUCACGGUCGACGUGUGAAAGGAUUGUAUCAGACGUGAAACAGUGGCUCGUGACAGUGCACAGCAGCGCAGAGGACUACGAUAUGGCGCUCCGCAGCAGAGUAUGGCGGGGAGAAAGACCAGACAGAAUCACUCGAUACAGCAUCUCCUCGAGCUACCGUCGAGUCGACCUACACCGAAGACACCCCCUGAACCCGACAAAGAACUUCGACAAUCACCCGCCGUACCGACUCCUCGACAGGUACCGGUAACCGUUUUGCAUCCCACACCGAAAAAGCUGUACUUGAGUAAAACACGUCAAAGUGCGCUCCGCCAAGAUCUACAACCCGUAAGCGGUGUUACAACCAAUCAUCUCACGCCUCCCGUUCAUCUCAACGCACACCAAGAAGAGUUGUCCAUCGCGCGGCGGGACUUUCCCCGCCAAAUCAUGAACAAGGUGGACGAUCGGGGUAGAUCUCCGGGUACGUCGAGACGUCCGACGUCCGCUACCUCCUCCUACUCUCCGCCCAGUCCUGAGGAACUUCCGACUCUGGUAGAAUUGACCAGUGUACCGGGUGGACAGAAUGCAAUGGCGCACCUCAAGAAACGUAAGCUGGAAGCUGAGACGGCAACACCUAAGCCGAAACAACAACUUUUGAAUAAUAAGAAGGCGAUAGCUCAGCAGAGCGUUUCCCAAGACCUUAUGGAGGUCGCGGACACCGCUGCCAAACGUCGUAGAAAAAGUUUACGCGACGAGGAGGUUCGAAAACAAAUAGAGAUGGACGCUUCGAAAGUCAUUCCGUUACCGCAGAAGAAGAGAGUCUUCGCCACCAGUAAUUCCGGCAGUCCAGCGAGAAAAACUAUAAAAAAUUCCGAAGAACCGGAAGACGACGAGACUUUGAUACGCGAGACGGAGGCAGCCCUGAAGAGUUUGUCGGGAAGCUGGCCUGGCCCUCGGGGUUCUUUCUAUCAGCGCGGCAACUCGGACGAGGACAAAUACGAGUCCAACUUUGAAAAUUUAUUCGAAGAGAAGAAAGAGAAUCCGAAAAUGUCACCUUCCUCACUGUCUACGUGUUCCAACGCGAGCAACGACGCCGGCUAUUCUUUGAAGGACGUCAUCACGUUGCGAGGUCAGCAGGAAAGGCGAUCGCAACACCACGUCAAGCAGGAGGGUGGCAGCAAACAACAGCAGCAGGUACCGCAUCCGAAUAAAAUUAGAAAAGAUCUCGAAAAUCUUACGAAUAUCGAAAACCAAUGCGCUACCAUUCAAUACCAGGUCGGAAGCGGCGUCGUUAGUCAAUCUCACAACGAGGCUGCCAAGCGGUCUUCCGGGGGCGGAAGUAACGCCGGGGUCGGUUCUGGUUCCGGUGCAGUACGUCCCCUGGGAAAAGAGAGAAAUGAAAGAGGGAACAUCGGCGGCGGUCAUCAAUCGGAUUCCCAGGGUCGUCAAACGGAGAAAUACUCGCGUUACGACCCCCCGGACUUCAACGAGCUAGUCGACGAUUCGUCGAACGAACUGGAAAUCGACAUGUCCGAUCCAACGGCCGAAAAGGACGAAGUGGACAAGGAGAAAUCCGACGGUAAGGAUAAGGAACGUCCAUCCAAGAAUAACACCACCUCCCCUCAAAACUCUGGAAGACAGCAGUUGUAUCCCACCGGUUAUCAGAGGUCGUCGUAUAACGACACAAAAGUCUCUUCGAACGUUUCUUCGUCGACGUCCUCCCCAUUUUCGACAGCCUCCGCCUUCAGGCCUCCAAAUACGGAACACUCGAAGGUGGCGGCUGCAAAUCGUACCGGAUCUGGGACCACCGUUACUCCCGUCACCUCUAUACCGCCUAUCGGACCUUAUCCAGCCGCCGCGACCUUCGUCGGCUACCCCCCGAGUGGUCCCGUACCCGUUAUGCCUGUGCCCCAACCCAUAACAGGCAUUUCAUCCCCUACAGAAGAGAAGCACGGAUCGACGGUCUCUCUUCUGCAGUUAAAGUCACCUAAGGAGGAAAUCCAACCGACUCGCGAUUCUCAAAUGCCUGUUACCACAGUCAAACCAGCCGGUGUGGCCUCCGCGGCUAGUCCGGACGCAAAUUCGAAACAGUACACGAUUCUUCAACCUGCCGGUGUCGGUUCGAGGGCCGCUAGUGCUAUACAAGACAUUGCGAGAGAGGGUGUUGUAAGUGUAGCGGCAGUAAGUAGUAGCAGCAGUACGAGUCCGACAGUCGGGGACGUCUCUACUACUACCGGAAACGGACAAACGGACAACGCAGUGAUGAAAUUAGGGGAACGACCGACCGGCUUCGACGGAAACCGACCCGGAAUGUCGAUGUCACCUUCGAGUCUCAGCAGAGAAGGCAACAAGUGCCCAACACCGGGUUGCACGGGGCAGGGUCACGUGACUGGUAUAUACUCCCACCACCGCAGUCUAUCGGGGUGUCCACGCAAAGACAAAUUAACGCCAGAGAUUCUGGCGAUGCAUGAGACUAUUUUGAAAUGCCCGACUCCUGGUUGCAACGGUCGCGGGCAUGUCAGCUCCAAUCGGAACACGCAUCGAAGUCUAUCGGGGUGCCCCAUUGCCGCGGCCAAUAAGCAGGCUGUACGUGAAGCCCGACACAAGGCCCAAGUAACGGGAAUGCCACCGGAAUACAUCAGCACUAAUUUAUUGAGUCGUUCGAUCGAUACGAAGACGUACGCCCAGUACGGUAAUUCGUCGCAGGACGGUAAACCGGUGGCUUCGCCGUCUUACGAUUACUACGCGGCAACGAAAGCGGCCGGGAUAAACAUAAAACCGCCGAAAACGCCGGAGGAUUCGGGACCGCGGCAGGUGAAGGUCGUACCGAAGUCGGAAUCCGGUUCAGCCGGGACCAACAAUUGCUGCAGCGCACCACCUUCCGGUAGGAGUCAGGGGUCCGAACAACUCCUCAUCCCAAAAUCCGAAGAAGCCUCAUCCUGCAGAGGAAGUUCACCCCCGCUACCGCCACCGCCCGUCAGACAAACGUACGACUCCUACUUGAAUCAGGACUCGAACUCGUCGUCGAUGUCCUCCAUGGACGCGAUGAACUCCAGAUCGAUGGGACCCACGAUCCAUCACCCGAGUCAACAUCCCGGUCAGCAACACCACGUACUCCCCAUGCAACCCACAGUGACUUACCCCAUGCCGAUGGUCGAGGACACAAGAAUGUCCCACCAAAUGGCGCAGAGAUCGCCGUACGAGUCGGCGGCAAUGAUGACCACCGCCUCGGAGGAUCUCUACCAUCACAGAUCGGCGGAACACGCCAGAGCUUACAUGCACCCGGGCGCCUCGAAUAUCGCGAGGCCGGUAGUUACUUAUUCAAAUGAAAUCGCCGCGGCGAGAGCUUACGAUAACGCAGUUGUUAGCGCAGCCAAUCACCGACCGUACGAUCCCGGCACCGGAUCUGCAUACGACAGAUACGACGGUCAACCGUGCACUCCGCUCCAACCGCAGCCGCAACAACAACAACAGCAACAACAACAACAGCAGCAGCAGCAGCAGCAGCAGCAGCAGCAACUUCAUUCCAGGGCGAAUAUGUACUACUUGGGACAGACGGGGAUGACGCCCGAGGAACAGGAAAGAGCUUAUCACCAGGAAGCAGCGGUAGCCGCGCAGCAGCACCAUCAAAUGGCUAUGGCUGCUGCUACUGCGGCUGGAAUGAUGAAGUCCGAAGACGUGAAGUGCAUAACCGCCGCCCAAUCGCAACAGAUGCAGAAACCGGGGGGACCUCCGACGUCGCCGGGAGGAUCGGUAAUGGACCUGUCUACGUCUAGUGUUACUUCCACAAGUCCCCAGGCACCGCCAUACGGUUCCAACAGCUUGAGCCCCCAGUACGGAGGGGGUCAGACGGUAGGUGGAAGUCCUCAAGCAGCGGCGAGUCCCCAUCUCACCGCUAGUCCUCAAGUUCCGAGUCCGCAGGGUCAAACAUUAGACCUUAGCGUUAACAGACUUCACAGCGGUGCCCCGAGUCCGCAGUAUUCCACCGGGCAUGGCGAGGCGGUACCGGUGCCCGUCGCUCCGGGAUUCCCACCGCCAAGACCGAUCGAGGAGCAGACGGAACCCGUCGAUUUUUCAACAGCGAACGAACCGGUCAAUUUUAGCGGAGGCCCCGGAAUCAGGCCGGUACCUGGAUUUCCACCACCCGGGGUCCACGCCGCCGCUUACAGUCGAGAGAGCACCCCCGACAGCGGAGGUUCUCACUACAUGGACGCUUACCGCGAUCCGACCGGAAUGUUACCGGCUCUACCGAAUGUUUCAGGCUACGGCCCCAUGAGUCCACAUCCCGGUUACGGUAUGGCCGGUGUCCAGGCCGAAUAUCCGGGAAACACCUACACCCCUUAUCCGACUGCUGGAUAUAACUGCGGCGGAGCUUAUCCCGGUGGUCCAGUCACGUCCGGGUACCAAAUUCCUGCGGGAUAUACGCCGGCGCCUUGCUACAGUAUGCCACCGCCUCAGCACACCAUUGGAUCCCUCGACAAACCCUCCGGAAAAGACGAUAGUUUAUCCGGAUGUCCCCGUGCCGAUCGUUCCCAAAUUCAAGCACACUCCCAAGAACUCAAGUGUCCAACACCUGGAUGCGAUGGAUCUGGUCAUGUUACCGGAAAUUAUUCUUCCCACAGGAGUCUGUCCGGCUGUCCGAGGGCCAAUAAACCGAAAAGUAAACCGCGGGACGGCCAAGACUCCGAACCACUCAGAUGUCCUAUACCCGGUUGUGACGGGUCUGGCCACGCAACCGGCAAAUUCUUGUCUCACCGCAGCGCAUCCGGUUGUCCGAUAGCGAAUCGGAAUAAGAUGCGAGUACUGGAAUCGGGUGGUACCGUAGAACAGCACAAAGCGGCGGUGGCCGCGGCAACAGCGAUGAAAUUCGAGGGUGUCAAUUGUCCUACACCAGGCUGCGACGGCACCGGACACAUUAACGGUUCGUUUCUCACGCACAGGUCGCUGUCUGGGUGUCCAGUGGCUGGGCACACGGUGAAGAAACCGAAAUUCGAAGACAUGUCGAACAUGUACAGCAAAGGAAUCACCGGAAUGGACACCGGCGGUCCAGGUCAGGGUGGCUCUAUAGGAGCGAAUCAGGGGAACACGGUAGGCGGUGUUGGUGGUCAGGGCGAGGACCUUUACACGUUGGAAGCCGAAAUCACGGAGCUACAGAGGGAAAACGCGCGCGUGGAAUCUCAAAUGCUGCGCCUGCGCUCUGACAUCACCGCCAUGGAAAGCCAGCUCAAACAGGGAGACAAGGAAUCCACUGUGAUAUCUCACCGUAAUAACAAUUUGAACGAGUACUACGAAUCACUUAGAAACAACGUGAUAACUCUUUUGGAGCACGUGAGGAUCCCGAACGCUCCCGGAGGUCCUCAAGAAAAGAUGGGGCACGAAAAUUUCGACAGUUAUUUAACAAAGUUGCAGACACUUUGCACUGCAGAUGGUUAUUGCGCCGAUGAGAACAACCGGCCAAUUUAUGAGACGGUGAAAACUGCUCUGCAGGAUUUCACCGUUCUACCAACGCCCAUCUGAGACCAUCCGGACAAUUUUAUUUACGGGCAACACCGCAGUACCGCCUUUCAAAGUUACCACCAACGCUAGGACCGCCGACAUGCCACAUUCGAAAUUUAAAAUGAAUGACAAACAAAAAUCAAGUUCUUUGUUUUAUCUGAACGAUCGAGCUCCAGUUGAGGGUGAAAAAAAUCGAAGAUAAUUUGUACAUCGGUGGUAAAAGAACUUAAUUAACAAUCUACGUGAUGAGAUUCAGCUGAAAUUUUCAACGAUUCUCACACGGUGUUAAAUUUAAAUUUGCUAAAAAAGAGGCUUCCAUCUCAAAGUUUGAAAAAUACGCGAAAAAAAUCCUGAUAUUUCGAAAAUGAGAACUCAGUGUUUUAACUAAUUAAAAUGAUCAAAGCAACGCGAUGCUAUGGGAAAAACAAAGGGACCUGUGCAAUGAGAUACGAAUGAAAAAUUUAUAAACUUACAAUUCAAACUAUAAGGUGUUCGCUAAUACGAUAAUAUUGCGGUUAAAUAUAAAAAUAAAAUUAUUAUACUUACGCAAUACGCGAAGAUGUUGGAUCGAAUGAAAAUUUUUUGUACAUAUAUCUAAUAGGUGUAACUGUAAUUAUCAACUUGACUAUCAAUUUGUAAAUAUUAAACCAAAAUUGAAAACAGUUCAUGAAAAACAAAACCAGGACAAUUAUGAGAAUAAAAAGAAAUGAGAAAAUGUAAUAAUAAUAAUAAGUACGGAGGAUAUCGAACUAUGUAAAAACUUAGCCUAAAUGUAUAUUGGACAUUAUUACAACUAUGACAUAAUUAUUACCAUUAUUAUUGUGAUUAACAUUAUUAUUACUACUAUUAUUAUUAUUUACAUUUUAUUAGCGAAAAAGAAAAAGAAAAACGUGCUGUAGCUAGUACACCGAUAAAAAGUUGUCCAUAGCUUGUAAAUAAUUUCGAAAUACUAUACAUAAAUAUACAUACAGUAAGUAUUUGGAAAAAAGGAAAUCAGUUUAAAAAAAAAAAAUGGCGCUGAUGAUUAUACAAUAGUACAGUUGCCCGCGGUGCAUUUCAUUGGCACAGCUGAGUGGAAAAAUCAAUUAUUAAAAUCAUUAUUUGUUUAUCGAAUACGAAAAAAUCUGAUGAUUCUCAUUUGACACAAGGCGGAGAGAUGUCGAUACAAUUCCGGUCCGCGAUCAUCGUGCAAUAAUUAUUUCUAUGUGUUAUACUUGUUCGUAAAUAUGUAUAAUUGUUUAAUAUUAUUACUAUCAUUAUUAAUAUUAUUAUUAUUAUUAUUAAUAUGGUGAUAGAAAGUUAUAAUGAUAUAUAGCAAAUUUGUUACGGUUACGUUGAAUUUAUUUAUGAAAAAAGAUGAAAGAAAAAAUGAAACAAACGCAUUGACGGAUACCAUAUUGAAAUUUGAUUGAUUUUCAUCGUUAUUAACGAGUUAUUUCAUGUUACGCACAAAUUUUCUAAUCAAAGUUCACACAUCAGCUCAUAAGAAAUUGGAAAGUCGCAAAGUCAUUGAAGGUUUCGUUAAUUCCUUGGAUUGAAUCUGGCUUGCAAAUUUAAUAAUUAAUUCUCUUUCUCUCUUUAUAACUACAAGACAAGGCUAAACUGCAUGUUAUUUAAUAUGUGAUUUUUUUGGUGUACUUACUUCUUCUUUCUUCUAACAUCCGUUAUUCCUGUUACGAGCAGCAAAUUCUUCUGUCAUUUCAUUCUGUCUGUACAUAAAGAGGUAAUCACAUCUAAAACUUAUCUAAACAGCCACUCAUUAUGGAAAUAUAAUAUAAUAAGAUAUACAAUAUUGUAACUACUAGUCAGUAAACGGAAACACAUGGAUUAAUAUUAAAUAUUCAUAUACCAUAUGCAUAUAGAAAUUGAGAGGAAAAAAAGAGUAAAUUGAAUGAUAAUAAAAAACUAACUACGGUAAUAAAGUGCAUCGCAAACAGAAUAAGAAUUCGCAUAAAUUCGGAAAAAUUUAAUUGUGAACUAUAAUAUACCAAUGCUAUUAUACUAUAGUAUUAAUUUUUAAGAAAUAUCUAUUUGUGUUGAAUAAUUUAUCUAUAUUAUUUAUCUACUGUACAAAAAUUGAAUGGAAAUAUUGAAAAAAAAACGGAAAACAAUACUCAAUUAUAAUAGUCGUAUCAUACCUAUAAAUUGAAUUCAAUACGAAAUGAUUUUUUUCGGUUCUACCCCUCGCGAUAUCAGCAGAAUCCUGUAUAACAUUCUUCGGAAUUACUCAACCUAUAUGAAGCAUGAAUCUGAUGAUAUUCUGUUUAGUUUUAUUUUCUGCCAAGAUAUGAUAUGUGAUUGGAUUCGAAAUCAUAAAAAAAGAAAGAGAAAGAGGAAAAGUCUGUUAAGAGAGCUCGUCGAUUUAAGAAUUGUGAAACCAUAUGAUCACGUCUGUAUCAUGCCGAUAAGCUGUAAAAUAGGCUUGCGCUAUAUCGUUUAAUACAUCGUGAUAUUAUCAGUUUUUCGUCUGGUUUAACAUUAUUGAAUUUGUAAAGUUGGUUUUAAAUCACAGAUAUUUGUUAGAACGUGAUAAUGUAUAUAAAAGUAGAAUUCGAUGACAUUUACUUCAUGAUGAUGACUAUGAUAAUGAUGACUAUGAUCAGGAUGAUGAUAAUAAAGACGAAGAUGAUGAUGAUGAUAAUGAUGAUGUUGCGAUGAUGAUGACGACGACGACGACGAUGAUCAUGUUGAUGAGAAUCGCAAAGUAUAAUAGUUAUAGGUAUGACGGUUCACUACUGAUUACUAUCUCGGCAUUAUUUUGUUAAAAUGUAUUAUUAUAUUGAUUCGAGAGAAAAAACCAGAAGAAAUGAAUUAGGGAGAAAACUCAAAUAUUGAAGAAAAUUGAUUGACAUUAUUAUUACACAGAUAGAGUUUUACAGUAUAACUUAUAUGUUAUCGUUUAAGUAAGCAUAAAUGUUACUCUGUUUGAAUAAAGGGUAUUUAUCGAUGAA